CUCUCUUAUCUAGAAUACAUAGUUGCUAACACGUUUUCCCAAAAUGACAGAUGGAGAGCUGAAAAUAUUUAAAGAAAUUACAAAUCCUUAUAUUAAAUAUAAAAGAAAAUACUACUUUUAAAUAACGAAACUAAACUUACUUUUACAUACAACUUAAUUACCUAGCAUUAAUCAUUGAAAUGGUAAACAACUAUAACUACAAACUGGCAGUGCCUAUAAAUGAAAAUAUAAAAAAUCCAAGUGAUAUUGAAGAGAUUGAACUGCAAGAAACAAAUCGAAGAGAAAAUAGAACAUCGGCUGAAAAGGAUGGAAAAACAAUUUGGAGAAUAGCUAAUGGUUUUAUGACCAUAUUUUUUCUCAUGGCCUCAGGUGUCCAGUUCAAUGAUCCUGAUCCCUAUCUGUGGGUACCUUUAUACGGAACAGCAACUCUUCUUACUUUUAGUGUUGUCAUCUGGCCCAACUCAAGUGGAAAUAAAAAGUGGAUAUGGAUCUACUCAAUGCAUGCUAUGUUUUGUUUCGGAAUGUUUCUCUACACGAUAGUUCAGCUUGUGAUAGCUGCAACACAUCCUUUGUCCGAUGGCUCUCUCAAUCCUCUUACGUAUGAAGAAGGGAGAGAAAUGGCUGGCGUAAUGAUUACAGCUAUUUGGUUAUUUACAUGUAAGCAAUCUCCAACUAUAAGCAAUCAAUCAAGGCACAUUUGUUGGAAAAAACGUUUCUCAAAUACUGCACUUAUUAUUUUGUUCAGUUUUCUGCCAUUGCUAUUAUGGGGAUUUUGUUAUCUGAGUAUCAUGGACUGUUCACUGUGUAUCGACUUCAAUGACUAUCGGUUUUCUUUUUGAUAUUUCACUAUCUUGAAAAAAAAUUUUAAAGCAAGAAGCACAAAACAAUGCUAUUUGAGAAAUAAUAUGGAUACAUUUUGUGAGUUAUGUCAGCGGUUCUUAACCUAUGGGUCGUGACCCAAAAUUGGGUCGCGAAGCAUAUUUCUUGGGUCGCACUGAGUCGAACCAAAAAAGUUAGUAAUACACCAAAUAAUAAGUAAUACCAACACCUCCUAGAAGAAGUCAUUGCGGCUUACUCAGCCUAAUUUUGACUUUUUUUUGGGUAGCGAUAUGAACAUAUUUCUCAAAUUUGGGUCGCUGCUUAAAAAGGUUAAGAACCACUGAGUUAUGUAAUAAAAAUUUCUGUGCAAUUAUGAGACAAGUAAAAGUGACGAUAACAUAGCAGAAUAAAAUGUUCCUCAUUA